AUGAAAAAUCAUGAAAACACAAAACUUGUCUCUUAUGAUUCAGAAGAUGAAGAAAACAGUGAAUAUCCACAUAAAAAUGUAGAACCAUUGCCUAGUUUUUUUUUAGAUUUGUAUCAGGUUAAACCAAGGCAAGGUAAUGAUCCAGAGUUUCAUGAAGGUAGAAAAAGAACAUAUCCGCAUGUUUCUGGUAGCUGGCCGAGUCAUAUUUAUAUUGAUUUAAUGCCUAAUGAAAAGUUGCAAAUUCUUUUAAAAAAAAUACAAGAAUCGUUUAUGAUAGAGGGAAUAGAAUUUAAAUCAUUGGUUGAAAAUGAUCUGGAAAUGCCAUUACCGUUGCAUAUUAGUUUAUCUAGACCACUUAUGUUAGGGUCAGAUAUAAUUAAUGAAUUUAAAGAAGCAAUUAAAGAAAAAGUUGUGUUUGAAAGUUUUAAUAUUAAAUUCUCAAAUAUAGCAAUUUUUAAAAAUGAAGAUGCUAGUAGAACAUUUCUUGUUCUUAUAAUUGAAACAGGAAAAGAAAUUUUACAAAAUAUUCUACGAAUGGUGGAUUCAAUUGUAGAAAAAUAUGGUUAUCAAACGUUUUAUGAGGAAAACAAAGGAUAUUAAUCUAAUAUUUAAUCUAAUUGUUGUUUUA